UUGCAUUAAGCGAGACGGCCAAAGCAAGUGGCCCCACUCUCACUUGUUCCCCCAGCGCCCCGUGUAUCCCCGACGCAGUUGUGGGGAACAGUGGGGCGGAGCUCAGGCGGAGGCGGGGCCAGGGGCGGGAGUUUCUGGUACUUUCUCGGUGCUACGAGGAUUUCAGCUCAGACACAGAAGGCCGGAAACGCGGGCGAGGAUCCGCUGCUGUCGCCGCUCGCUCCAGCCGGGUCCGCUUCCACCUCCAGCGAGUCGGAACCCAGAGUUCUCGACUGUCACUGCGGCCUGAGACGCCAUGGCCAAGUGGGGACAUGGGGAUCCGCGCUGGAUCGUGGAGGAGAGGGCUGACGGGACCAACUGAACUUCCUGCCAACAGGACAGAGCGGGAUGCAACCAACUGGUCAAAGGGGAAGCUGCGGGAGCUCCUGGUGGGGGUCAUGGUGGAGAAUGAGGUUGGCAGCUGUGAGAUCAGUGACCUGAAGCAGGUGGAAGGGGAGGCCUCCUGCAGCAGCCGCAAGGGGAAGCUGAUUUUCUUCUAUGAGUGGAACAUCAAACUGAGCUGGAAAGGUACAGUCAAGGAAUCUGGUGCAAAGCAUAGAGGAUCAGUUGAAAUACCCCACCUUUCUGAAGAAAAUGAGGUGGAUGAUACAGAGAUAAAUGUGAGUAAAAAGAAAGGAGAUGGAGAUUCAUUGAAGGAUCUUAUGAAAACUGCAGGCGUGGACAAGGUCAGAGAAGCCCUUGAGGAUUACUUGAAAGCCCUGAAGACAGAAUUUACAACAGGAAUGAUUUUACCAACAAAAACUACACCUACUCAGGAACUGACUACAAAAAGAAAAUUGACUGAACAUACUUUUCAGGAUUCCGUCUCUCCGAUGGCUCGUGAUGCAGUAGGUGUGAAAAUUCCAACAGUGACAAUACAUAUGAGGGAAAUAUUUGACACAUCAGUAGAGCAGCUGUAUCGCAUCUUUACCACUAAGGAUUUGGUGCAAAAGUUUUCUAAAUCUUCUGCUGUGAUAGAAGCUGAAAAAGGAGGCAAAUUCCAGAUGUUUGAUGGGAAUGUUACUGGUGAAUACCUAGAACUGUUAUCCAAUAAAAGGAUUCUUAUGAAGUGGCGAUGUAAGAGCUGGCCAGAGGAACAUUAUGCAACUGUUGCACUGAAUUUUGUGUCUGUGGUAGGACAAACAGAAUUACAGCUAAACUGCAAAGGAGUUCCUGUUUGUAAAGAAGAAAGUAUGAGAAAGUGCUGGGAGAAGCAGCAUUUUGAAGAAAUAAAGAGGUUUACUGUAGCUUUUGGUAACCCUGAACAGUUGAAUUAGGUAGAAGACAUUUUAUAAGGGCAUUACUUUUUUAUAAGUGGAAAAAAGUUAAUUCUUCACUAACCCUUUUUCUUUUUUAAAAAAAAUACAAAACCCUUAAUUUAUUUUGUGCUGGUCAAAAUUCAUCAAUACAUACACACGAUUUUAAGUAUCACCUAUGAGUCUUCACUGUGAACAAAAUUAUGAAUUUAGAGCUGAAAGCUGUGAGCAAUUUAAAAUAAAACAGUAAUUUUGUCUAAUUUAAAACUCUGGGACUGGAAUGGCAGUUCUGAACACUGGGUUAGUAGUCUAGAUUUCCUAAUCUAAAGUUUGGGCCUAUAAGGUGGUAUAAAUUAAAGUUUUGAGGUUUCCCCUCCCCAGGGAGUUUGGGGUAGAUUGGGGGUGGUAAUUCUGUGUAGUAAAGGGCACAUUUUAACUACAGCAAGACUAACCUGGGUGGUACUGGGGACACCUGGUCUAAACUGAGCAGCCCUAUAGGUAAAGGCACACUUAUUUGGUCCUCCUUGAAGGGAACUGAGAAUGAAUGACUUGCUUUUUAAAUCCAAUUCUCUACCACUGAUACAAUUAAGUGAAACAUAAUGGAUUCCCUCCCUUCUUCCCCUGACCCAAUUUAUUUACCUGAAAAAUCUGAAGACUGAAGCAACUUAAGUAAACAAAUGAAAAGUAAUCACAAUCAGUUUAAUGAAGUGCACAGAAUAGCAUCGGUCAUGUCAAUAAAAAUAAAACAAUUAUUUUUA